AUGGGAUAUUCAAAUGUCACAGAACUCGUCGGUGAUGUUAUCGAGCAUUCAGGGAAACCAAAUGUCAUAGUUUCUACAAAUGUGCAUGAGAUAUUGGAAUGCCCUGUGUGUUUGGUUCCCAUGUAUCCUCCAAUUCAUCGGUGCUCCAAUGGUCAAACCAUUUGUUCUGAAUGCAAGCCAAGGGUUCAUAAUGGCCGCCCAACUUGCAGGAGUGAAUUGGGUAACAUAAGAUGCCCUGCUUUGGAGAAGGUUGGCGCCUCUCUAGAGUUUAUGUCCAAGUUCCAGAACUUUGGAUGCUUGCGAAUGUAUCCUUAUUAUUGCAAGUUAAAACAUGAAUCAGAGUGCCAAUACAGACCCUAUACUGGCCCAUAUGCAGGUUUUGUUGAUUUAUGUGAUGGAAUCUUGAUAUGUAGCAUGACUUCCGUCCUGGACAGUUGCCGGGAAUGCAUCGAGAAAAUGCAACAUGAAUUGAUGUUUGAAGUUACAGCCUUACAGGAGCAUCAACACAAAUUUGCAACGACGAAGUUUAUACCAUGCUUGUGUAGUCAGUCUGAAGCAUUUGCCUUUGGAAUUAAAGAAGAUCAGAGUAUGACACUGACCUGA